AUGAGCACACCUCUGCACGCAGCGUGCGUGAAUGGCCGCGAUGAGGUGGUCCCGUUGUUGCUGGAAGCUCGAGUCUCCCCGACUUCUGCUGAUAGAAACGGCGUCCAGCCGAUUCACUUGGCUGCGCAAGGAGGGUCCGAGCAAGUACUUACUCUGCUGAUCACAGCAAGGGCCAAGCUCGAUGCCACAAGCGCCGAGAAGCAGACCGUGCUCCACUUCGCGGCAAGAUCUGGUGCUCCCGGAGCUGUUCUGAACCUUCUCAUGGCAGAGCCCCUCACGAGAAAGACGCGCGGUGCCAAAGCCUCCGGAGUCUCUGGCCUGAAGAUCGACGCGAAGGAUGGCUGGGGCAGGUCAGCUCUGCACUGGGCCGUGGUGAAUGGUCACCGCAGCGUCGUUCUGAAGCUUCUGGAAGCAGGUGCCGACCGAAAUCUGAGAGAUGCAGCAGGUGAGACGCCUCUGCUGAUUGCCGAGCGCAGGGCACAGUGCAGGGCGCAAGACCGGCCUGGAGAUCUGGGCGCCUCGGUCUUCGGAGACAUCGCCACGCUGCUGGGCGGCUCGGCGAGCACGGCAAAGGCAGAGGCAACAUCGGAAAACCAAGGGCUUGGCCGAUUGCAGGCAGAACAUUCAGCGCAGGUCGCAGGUAGGCGGCAAACUUCCCUCUGUGUGUAG